UAGAGGAGAGUGAGAGGGGAAGAGAGGAGGACUGUUUUCACGCGCUGAAAUCUUACAUAAAGAAGAAGAAGAAGAAGAAGGGGGAAAAGGCUCGAGGAGGGUAAUGGAGGCUGUUUGAUAAGAAGUGAGAGGAGAAAGUUUUUGCGGAGAAUGUGGAGAGGAAGCAAAUGCAGGAAAGGAGCUGAGGACUAUGUAGGAAUUCCUGACUGAAGUCAUGGGCUCGGAGGCAAUGGAGGAUUGUGUGCAGGGGGCGCUCUCGUCGCUUUAUCCUCCUUUUGAGAGCACAGCGCCGCCCCUCCUCUCCCAGGUCUUUUCAGUCCUGGAGUCGACCUAUCAACACGACAGUCUUCGCUACCUCCUGGACUACUUCGUUCCUGCCAAGCACCUCCUGCACAAACUCCAGCAGCACGCCUGCUCUCAGUACCUGGGCUGCCUGUUCCUUCACUCCGGUUGGCCUCUGUGUUUAGGCGAGAAAGUGGUCGUACAGCUGUCAACCUUGGACUGGAGGAUCCUGCGCAGUAAUGACUUCUACCUGCAGGUGGUGCCCUUCUCUACGCGCUGCCCUCGCCUGGCACUAAAAUGUCUGGCCCCUGGGGGACGCACUGUUCAGGAAAUUUUGGUACCCGAGUCACAGCACCCCCUUGUAUUCACCACUGAGUGGCUCCACAGCGUCAACAAAGAACGGGGGCACAAGAGAGAAGUUGGAGGAGGACUUGACACCUGCCUGGUUAGUACAUGUGAUGGUGUGGUUCGACUCCCGUGGAAGGAAGUUGUCUACCCAAAAUUCAUCCACGACCCUUCCGAAGAGCUGGGCUUGAUGUCCAGCCACGAGGGCUCCGACCGCCUUCCCAGUGAGGGGGGCAGCAGCCUCGGGGGCUGGGGUGGCUCAUCCUCUGGGGAACUUGACUCCUGGUCCUGGGAUGAGGAGGAAGAUGAUGGUUUACCACCAGACGGUUUGGACUCUGAACCUGGGCUUUCUCGACGAAGGCGCAGCGAAGACGGGCUCGGGCGGACAACGAGGCACCCUCAGCUGGAUGGGGACUAUGUGGAGCUGUUGGAGCCCAGAUUGGGCCCCGAUGGAGGGGUUGACACAAGGCAGAGGUACCUGGAGAUGCAUGGAAUUUGUAAGACCAAGACUUUGCCUCUGUGCAGGCGAGGGAAAGCCAUCAAACUCCGGAAGGGGAGAGCUUGGGGAUAUGGAAAGCUGGAAGGGUCAGGAAGCUUUCGAGCUGUCCUUGGUGCCAAGAGAGACAUGGUUACCCCAAAAGGUGAUGUUUUACCACCUCAGCCUCAACCAGAAGUCCCUGAACCUGGCAGAGGGAGGCGGUGUUACUCCUCAUCUGUCCACGACUCUGAUGAAGGAGAUAAAACAAGCAGAGACUCUGAGGGCCUGGAAAGCCACCGGCUUUAUUUUGACGGCCCAUUCAAAGAAAGGAGGCCUGGCGUGGGCAAGGAGAGAGAUAGCAACGGCCUCACGCCACCGUGUAGAGACAAUCAUAGAGGUAAAGACUCUGAGAGCGGUGACAGUUUGGCCACGAAUGAAAUCCCUGACUUGACGAUCCACAAAGUCGGGCACGUUAUAGAGGGCCAUUCAGAUCACGGAUCUCAUUCAGACUCUGUUUUUGAGGAUACAGAUAAACCACUGAGUGGAGACAGUGAUGCCACCACCCCAACAUCAGACGCACCAGAGGGACCGUUUACUGGAGUUUUAGAAAGUGGAGAAAUUACCAACAGUGGAUCUAAACUUAAGAAUUCCUCCAACCCAAAGGUGACGGAGGAAAGGGAUGAUGGGAAGACGGAGGACAGAGUUUGUCCCAGAGGAAAGGAAGUUAAAACUGCAGGAUUCAGAGCACCAAGGAGGAAAAGGAAGGGAAAGGGGGCCAAAGGGAGGGCUAGGUCUGGUGGCCGUGGACACCAGAAGGGAUCAAAACAGCAGGGAAAAGCUACUCAGCCAAGUCCCACUACCUCCUCUGACUUGACAAAGCUGCCAAUCACAGAGGAGAACCAGUCUGAACAAAGAAAUCAGGCAGACGAACCCGAUGGAGUACCGCCUCCUACAAAUGAGGGGACAGAAGACACAAGGAAAAGCAGAGCAGAGAAAGAUGCCGAAUCUUUGCCUGUCUGCAACGGCCAAUCAGGCACAUCCUUACUUAACCACUCUAAUGAGGAGGCAGGGACAGGAGAGACAUGUCCUGACCAACUCAAUGGUGUUACGUCUAAAGAGCCUCCUCUGCUGAGGGAACUGGACACAGAGCUUCUCCAGUCAGGGAAGCUGAAGUUAACAGGUACAGUGGACAGGUUGGGACGCGCUCUGGUUGUCACGGAGACGGAUGCAUCAGAGGAGAACUUCUCUGACGAGGAGAUAGCUCGGGUCUUGGCCUGCUACCACAAAAUCACUCGGCCUGCAGCCAAAGAAAAAGGUCUCACGGUGUUAAUGGACAGCAGACGCUCCCCGCCCUCCAACCUCUGCCUCUCUGCGCUUAAAUUGUUCCAGGUGUUGGUUCCUGGCGGUCUCGGAUCUGUUCUGGUUUUGGUGGAGGAGCAGCAGGAGUCCCUUUCUUUUAACGUGGAAGGAGCAGAGAUCCACUCGGUGCGAGGUACAGGGGUCCUUCAGCAAUAUGUUGACAAGCAGCAGCUGCCCAAAGAGAUGGACGGAGACUUCACCCACUGUCACUCAGACUGGCUGGCCUUCAGACUGAGCCUGGAGAGUCUGACAGAGCGUUGUGAGAGCGCCCUCGCACUCCUCGGAGAAGCACUGCAGUCUAUGGACUCGGAGCCAAUGCCAGACAACAUCAAUGCUGUUCCUCUGAGCAUCGACAAGCACAGACAGCUCAUGGCGAGCGUCCUGGCCGACCAGCGCUUGACUGAGCCACAGCAAAGGGGCGGGGCCUGGCUUGCAGGACUUACCAAUAGCGCAUCUGGACUGGCACAGAAGUCACCGGACUGCAGGGCGGCUCUCGCUGCAACCUCUAAGCUCUACGACAGCGUGGAUGACGCCCUCCACCGACUUGUCAGAGUGUCCAACCAGAGAGGCCGCGACCUGGAAGCUCUGGGACGACUGGCAGGGCUGGUGGACAAACUGGAAAAGUGUGAUAAGGAGAUUGAGCAAGUCCAGUCACAGCUGGAAGACUACAAGGACCCUCCUCUGUCCCUCAGCAGACUCUCGCUCAAACAGCAGAAAUUCAAGACCUUCAGAGAAACAGCCAAUGAGCUGCACAGCGAGACUCUGUCAGUGCUCAGUAAUCUGGAGGGCUGGUGCGAGCUGGACUGGGUGGGCCUCAGCAACGUCCAGAUCCGACUUCCUCCGGUCAGGGAGAAGCUGAGAGACAUGUCUCACUGUCUGUCUGACUGCUGGACCACUCUGGAUAACACACAAAGGCUGCUGUCCACGCUGACCGAGGCCACCCAGUGGUGUGAAGUGGUAUCCUCCACCUCAUCCUCCCCUUCUUCCUCUUCUUCCGCUUGCCCUCUUGCGUCCCUCCCUCCGAUCCCGCCGUCCCGUUUCCAGGACGCUCGUUCUUUAGCCAUAGAGCUGGGUGGUGGGGCACUCCUGGAUCUGUGGACCCAGACCGUAGAGCGCUACCAGCGGACCGUAGCGCAGGUCAAACCCCGCUUCCUCCAGCCCGACAGGACCCAGAAUCAGGGCCAGGGGAAACUGAAGACGCCGUCCGCCAGCAGCCUGUGGGACUUGAUGGGUCCUGAGGGAGAGGGCGACUGGGGACUGGGAGCUGGAGGAAGUGAGGGCGGGCUGCAGUCCUGGGGAUCCCUGGCGUCACUGUUCAGACCGCAGACCUGCUCCACACUGAAGAUUGGAGAGGAUAAAGGGAAUAAGAAAGAUGGAGCAGGGGGAGGAGCUGGCGGGGCUGGAGGAGGGAAGUUCCUGCAGAACCUUCUAAAUCCUGCAAAGAAGAGUCCCACAGAGGCCCCGCUCCCUCCCAAGCCCCCCAGGAAGCGCCACCCGAGCUUUGACCUCCAGGCUCUCCUGGCUCCCCGCAGAGGCACGGCCACCCCCAAACCUGCUGAGUCUCCAGUCGGCGGGCCGAGCCGCAACUCCCCUAUGUCCUGGCUGGGGCGACGUGCGGUAGCUGACCCGGUGAUUACCACUGGCAUGGCUGCAGCCAUACCUGGAUGGGGUACAGGAGGUGGGGGAGGAGGGGUGUUGAUUCGAGGGGUAGAGGUCAGCAGCAAGGAGGUGGUGGACCACACAGGGUCACCACGGCAACAUGUGCUACUCGGGAGGACAGAGAGGGAGACGGGGACAGAUAGGGCCGGAUCCACUUCACAGAGUAAGCUGUACCUGCUCUGGUGUAGGAUGCUGAGCUCAGAGAGGCAGUAUGUGGCCGUCCUGAAGGGGGUGGAGGAGACAUACCUCCCCUUGCUGGAGCUGUCAGACACCCCAGCCUCCAUCAGAGGCAAGGCAGACACCCUUUUCCCCAACUGGGCCAGCCUCAGCACCUUUCACUCGCAGAACCUCCUCCCUGCCAUGGAGGGCGCUCUUGUGCAGAGCUUGUUGCAACAGGACUGCUUCAGCAAAUAUCGGGAGCAGUUUCUGCAGUAUUCCCACUACAUCAGGAACAAACCAGACCUGGACUCUCCUCUAGUCACGCAGGCCGCCGACUUCUUUAAGUCCAAACUCCCCCCAGCCUCCCCCCUCUCCCCUCUGUCCUUUCCUCACUGCCUUCAGGCCCCCACACAGAGACUGGAGCAGUACUGCGAGGCCCUGGAGGAGCUGGGAGGCAUCAACCCGGCCUCAGACUCCGCCCUCUCCAUCCUGAGACACGCCCAGCGGCACGGCGAGGACCUCCGGGCCAGUGACCUCAUCGUCGGAUGUCCGAUCCCGGUGGCAGAGCGAGGCGAGCUGGUGCGGCAUGGCGAGCUGACAGUGUGUGGGGGGAAUCGGAGGAAGCGGGCUGGCGUGAGGAACGUUUUCCUCUACCAGCACAUCGUCAUAUUCACCAAACAGAAGAGCCCCGGCCCGGGACGCACCGCCUACAGCUACAAACACAGCAUCAAGACAGGUGAGAUGGGCCUGACCCAGAGCGUGGGUGGGGAGGGAGUGAAGUUUGAAGUCUGGGUCCGACAGGCGCCUCGAACCAAAGACUGCAUCACGCUGCAGGCGAAGGACAGGGAAGACAAGGUGGCCUGGACUCAUGACAUCGCCCAUCUGCUGUGGACGCACGCCAUCAACAACACAGAGUUGUGUCUGAAGGAGUCACUCUGCAUGGGGAUUUCCAGUAAGCUGCUGCUGGACGCGACAGGAACUCCAGGCUCAGAACUGGACUCCAUCUACAGUCUCAAUGACAGAGUCCACAGUAGCUGCUCAGACUCCUCCUCUGUCGGCAGUCAGAAGGAGGGGGGAUCCCCAGCGUCUGGGAGGGACCCCAGGAGAAGCUCCGGAUCAACAAGUUACUCACAGAGUCAGUCUCCCUCCACAGCUGUGUAACUGUCAUCUCAAUGAGAAAACUGGACCCUGGACUUUUUGAAGCUUUAAACAUCUCCGUUCCACCUCUGGGCACGCCAAACUGGACUUCGAGGAGCAAGAAGACAAAAGAGAGACCCUCAGACUCUAUUUGAACUUCUCCCACAUGCUUCCUCUCCUUCCCUUUUUCCCCCCUCAUGCCCCCUUCGCCUCAUUAAAACAAAUAAAAUGCCAGCAGAUUAGCCGGAGCAGCGCUACUGCACUGCUUUCCCCGCGUUUGAAACCUCCCAGCUCUGAUAUGAACCCCCGAAAGAAAAGCUGCCUCCCAAAAAAAAAAAGGAUCAAAACUGCCCUGUUUAAACCAUGACAAGCACCAGCAGGGCUCUCUGCACUCCGCCAUUUUGGAUCUGCCAGUCUCAGUUGCUGGCAGAGUCAUUGACACCAAAGGCACUUCAGCCACACAGUGCGGCCAUUGUCUGCCCCGCGGCUCCCCACUAGGCCAAACCACUUGGUCUGAACCACUGACUGCCUGGCUGGCUGACUGUACGCAUCACAUGCUCCAGCAUCUGAUAAUAAACAGGAAGUAAUAUGCGGGGCGUAAAUCCACCGUAGGAUUGCAGAUUUAGAAUGUAUUAUGUACUUUGUCAUUUUCAUAACGCUGAAUGGAGUACUGUAGGCUUUUUUCUUUUUUCUCCUGCCUGUGUAAAAAUGCGUGGCAUAGGCUAGGUGUGAUUGCAUCUAUGUAAAUGAGGCAGGGGUGGUGUGAGCAUGCACACACACAAGUACACACACAGUGUCCCUCAACACAUGCAGUCAUUCUUAUUGUUAUAAGACAGUGGAGCUCUAUUCACGCUCACGUGCUCACACACACUCACUGUGGCCGUUUUAGAGCCUGGUACAGUGGCUAAAUCAACAUCAGGCAAGGUUACAUCUGAUCACAUACAGAAAGCAUUGCCUUGAUAAUGAACGUCUUACAGUUUCAUAUCCAGCUGUUUGUUUAAGCUAAUGAUGUAUUAACAGUGGCAAGGACAAAGUGGUAUUUAGCCUCCUUUAAAGUGUAACUUAUGUCAGCAACAUGAGCUUCUUGGUGCCUUAUAUGUGUACUGAUAAUGAAUUUAAUGCUAUACCGUUUGAUAUAAGUACCAUAUUCUAUAUGCCAAAAAUGGGUGUUUGUGCAAUGUUUAUUUGUGUACAAAGAGGUAUUGUUGUUACAUUUAAUCUGAGCUUUCCUGACCUCCAUGAAAUGGAGAAAGGUGGAUGUGUUCGAUGUGCCAUAUUCCGGUUUUUACUGGGUUUUGUGCUUACGGCCAGAAGACAUGAACUACAUCUGAUUAUUCCUGAAGAGGUAAUUUACUCAGAUCUCACUUCUAGGUUAUUUCUCAGAGGAAGACGGUGUUCCUAGAAUGCCCCAAAAUGCUUCUUAUCAGCUUCUCGAUGUGAAUAUUUGGAGCUGAAAGAAAACAAUUUGAACAAAUCUUAAUGAUGGCUAUGAUGUCGGGGGAUUUCUUCAGCGUGCAUUUUAAAGGAAUAAUAUCACAUUUUGGAAAACGUGUUUUUGUGCUGCCAGGAGUUAGAUGAAAAAAUGGUACCACUCUCAUAUCUGCAGGUUAAAUAUGAAGCUAACGCCAGCAGCUGAUUAGCUUAGCUUAGCUUAGCAUAAAGACUAGAAACGGGAAAACAGCUAGCCUGGCUCUGUCCAAAAGCAACAAGCUCCUAAACACUUUAUGUCAAGUUGUUUAAUCUCUAGAAAAACUAAAACAAAGAGUGUAAUCAACAAAUUGUGGUUUUAUGGGAAGUUUGGGUCAGACUAUUUCCUGGCUGGGCACAGUAACUUCCUGGAGUCUUGUCGUCAUCGUGAAGUUGUCCGAGAAAGUCCUGUUAUUUGCUCCUGAAAAACUACGCAGUUUUUACAGUUUCUUUUUUUUUUUUCUAUAAAACAAUUGAAAUACGUGUAACUUGAUAAAAAAGACUUGUAGCUGGAUUGUGACCUUUAAAUAUAGUGGUGCUAGCGGUUUUCCCUGCUUCCUAUUUUUGUGCUAAGCUAAGCUAACGGAUUGCUGGCUGUAGCUUUAUAUUGCUAUUACAGAUAUGAGAGUGGUCAAUCUUUUUUAAACCAACUCUUGUAAAUAAAGUAAACUAGCAUAUCUCCCAAAAUUUUGGACCUUUCCUUGAACUUUUCUUUAAACUAAUGGAACAGGCGUUACAAAAAUAGGUUACACUUGCAAAAUAGCAGCUUAAAGGAGAAAUAUUCAGAGCUUAUCUAUGAUUCAGAGUUUGUCUACAUACAGCCCUCAACAUGGAGGUGGCUGAGCAGACAGCUAGCAGCUAACGGUGCUAACAACAAUAACAUUGCUGACAGAGCCUAUCUAUGAUUCAGAGGUUGUCUACAUACAGCUCUCAACAUGGAGGUGGCUGAGCCAACAGCCAGCAGCUAACGGUGCUAACAGUGCUAACAACAGUAAGGGUGAUGACAGAGCAUAUCUAUGAUUCAAAGGUUGUCUAUAUAUGGGUCUCAACAUGGAGGUGGCUGAGCCGAUGGCUAACAGCUAACAGAGUUAGCAGCUACCGGUCGUAACAGUGCAAACAGUGCUAACAUCAGCAACAGUGAUGACAGUGCUUAUCUAUAAUUCAAAUGUUGUUUGCAUAUGGCUCUCAACAUGGAGGUGGCUAAAACCAACAGCUAGCAGCUAAUAGGGCUAACAAUAUUAACAACGGUAACAGUGCUGACAGAGUUGAUCUAUGAUUCAGAGGUUGUCUACAUACGGCUCUCAACAUGGAGGUGGCUGAGCUGACAGUUAGCAGCUAAAAGUGCUAACAAUGGUAACAGUACUGACAGAGCUUAUCUAUGAUUCAGAGGUUGUCUACAUACGGCUGUCAACAUGCAGGUGACUGAGCUGACAGCUAUCAGCUAACAGUACUAACAACGGUAACAGUGAUGACAGAGCUUAUCUAUGAUUCAGAGGUUGUCUACAUUUGGCUCUCAGCAUGGAGGUGGCUGAGUCAAUAGCUAGCACCUAAUGUGGCUAACAGUGCUAACAAUGGCAGCAGUGCUAACAGAGCUAACAAGCGCUGUUUGAGGGCAGAACAGAGAGAAUGGGAUUAGCUAGCCAAAGAUACUCACACAGGGGCUCAUUAUGCACUAACAUGCAUGUACAGCCAACCACAAUAACAGAGAAGCUUGGAUUACAACACCUACAGAGGAAGCGUGACUUCAUUCUUUGCUCAGGACGCCGUUACUCAAAUAUAUCUUUACAUAGCAAAUAGUAGUUUGCUAAUGCUCUGAAUAUCAUAUAGAGCUCUGUGACCUUUACCUCUCUGACAGACUCAUACAUGUAACACUGCUGAGUUUUAUUCAAACUCAGAACUAAUAGAAAUUAUAGUGAAGAUCCCAUAUGCAUCAACAUUAGUGCUGCAUGACAUAUAUAAAACCUGUCAUUUUAUAUUUAUGAUGCAGGCAAAACAAAAGGUAUCAAUAUUUCAUAUGAUGAUGUAGUUCAUAUUGUAUGACAGCAAGCACACAGUCAGUAAAACCAAUCAUCGCAUGUGCAUCGCUAUCAAACAAUAUCACGCUUAAGGUACAAUACGAAACCAUCAGGUAGCGAAAGCCAGCAGCGGCGGCGGUGGCGAUGGCGGGAGGUCAAGCCCGCUGUCUGCAGACAGCAGCAGCAGUUUGCUGCCGUUAUCAGAUUUAGCACGUUUCAUAUCUGCAUUCAAAUUCAAAAAUUGCAAAUGGCUAUUGAGCCGUUUCUGAAUCAAUAUGUAAUUUGUUGGCUUGGAGAAGGCCCGUACACUUCAUGGCCUUUAGCUGUUUGGUACAUUGCGUUAUAUUGGAAGCAAUGUAAUGAACACCAUCUUUCAUUCUUACUGCAGUAUAGAUUGUCAUAUGCAGAAAACCCCUCACUUUUUUGUGGCGGCGAGGCAGUAUUAAUGUAUAGACUUAUUCCUCUUGCUCUUUUCUUCUACGACACACUCUGCCUGAUGUUUACAUUUUUUUGGAAGGAAUGUGGAAUGUUGGAAAUGCAUGUUAUGCUUACUUGAUAAUUGUACUGUUAUUUUUUACUUCUCUGUGUUGAAUUAAAACUGGAUGCAACUUCCAAA